AUGGCGCACUAUGAUCACCAACAAGCUCCUGUGGUAUAUCCUCCACCACCACACUCUUAUCCACCGCCACAGCCGGCUGAGGGUCCAUAUGUGACUGCACCACCCCCUAUUGGUUAUCCCACCAAGGAGGAUGCUGGAUACACCCAACAUCACCAUCAGCCAGUUGAAACUAGAAGCAGGGGUGAUGACUUUUGGAAAGGAUGUUUUGCUGCCUUGUGUUGCUGCUGUGUCUUGGACGUGUGCUGUUGCUGAGACAAAGAAAGAGAUUAGGG